AUGAGCAAUUUAAAAACGACGCUAACAUUGUCACGUCAAUGUCUAACUCCAUCGGUUCCAAGAAAUAAUGCUCCUAGUCAACCAUCGGCAGGGUCCUCUGUGGAUGAAGUUUGGCGACUAAGAUAUGAAAUUUCAUGUGAUCAUGGCAAACUUCUUCAAUAUAUAAAAGAAAUGCUCGAAGAAACAAUCACUUUGGACAAACAAUAUGCUGAAAAUCUUCAGAGAUUAAUGGCAGAAACUGAUUGUAUAAAACCAUAUGCCAAAGCAAAUCCUAUGAAUGAUGUUUGUCAGAACAUUUUUCUGCAAUGGUCUAAGCGACCAACAUCGAUGCUCUUAAAUGUUGAGAAACUUCAAAAUAAUGUAUUUGAUGGAUUACUUAAAAAUCUUCUGGAAAAAACCAACGAUUUGAAAGCAUUUCUCGAAAACGAAAAGCAUCAAUAUGAAGCUGAAAUGCAAACGGCUGAAGAAAAUGUUAAGGAAGCUGAAGAACGCUAUGCAAAUGAGGCCAAAGUAUUUUGUGCAAAGAAUGCUGAAUUAAUGAAAGUCAAAGCGGCGGCCAAAAUAGAUGAUAACAAACGAAUCGCGAUGGAACGUUUCGUAAUGGAAAAACGAGAUUAUCUUUAUCGUGCACACAACGAAUACAUACUUGCAAUACGAGAAUAUGAUUUCCAUGGCAAACAACAAAUGUGUAAAAUAAUUAGUCUAGCUAUCUAUUUUGAAAAAGCUCAAUCAAUUCUCAAUCAAGACUGGAAGUGUCUAUUGGAAGCUAUAGCUGACUAUGACUUUAAGAAAAGUCAUCUCGAAAAUUCAAACCGAUAUGUUAAUAUGACACUACACCUUAGUUCAAAGAAACCAUACCAGCCUAAUGAUGGCCUAGUGAACAUAGAUUCAAAUGUUCCAUGGAGUCAAAAAUCGACUAUAAAAUUCAAUGAUUCAGUCGGUAUAAAAGCGGGUUUACCUAAUCUUAAAGAUAACGAAAUUCUUACUGAUGAAUCAGCAGCUAGUCAAUUGACAAAUGUCGCUUUAAAAAAUAAAAUUCAAACAUUAAUAUCUGAUUUAAAAGACGAUAUUAAUAAACUAGAAAACUUACGUCGAGAUAUUGAACAAACCAAGAAUAACGAGAUUUCAUAUUAUGUAAAUAAAAGUUUAUUUCAAAAAAGUCAACAAGUAGAAAGUUUGCGACAGCAAAUUGAAUGGAAACAAAAUAUAAAAAAUGAUUUACAAGAAGCACUUGACGAUGCUGGAUUUAACGACACUGAUACAUCUGAUACUGAAAUACCUACUGGUCUAUCAGACAAACUAGAAGAUCUACCAUACUUUCAUGGUAUCAUACCGCGUACUCACACUGUUAGUCUUUUAAAUAACAAAGGAGAUUAUUUACUCCGAAGAAAUGAUCGAGGAAAAAUCGUCUUAUCAAUUUUAUGGACUGAUCCAGAUGAUCAUAAUAAAUUGAAAGAUGGCCAUUAUUUUAUUCAUGAAAUUAAUAACAAUGACACAAAUGAGACAAUGUAUUCAUUUCACGAUUAUCGUUUGUCUAAACCAACAGUUCCAAAAUUGAUUUCAUUUUAUGUGCGGCAGAAAUUAGAAUUACGUGACGAUGGAACACGAUUAAUACGAGCAGUGGAAAAACCCAAUUAUAUUAUUAAUCAUCAUGAUGUUAAAGUUGAUUAUGCUGACAGAUUGGGGAAAGGUAAUUUUGGUGAAGUAUUUCGUGGUGAAUACCGAAACCAUAAGUAUGCAAUUAAAAUACUUCGCUCGAAAAAAGCAGAUGAAAAUUCACGAGAUCGAGACAGAUUUGUUAAUGAAGCACUUAUACUUAAACGAUAUACACAUCCAAGAAUCGUUAAAUUUAUUGGUAUCGUUGCAUCUUGUGAGCCACUUAUGAUUGUAAUGGAAUUAGCUAAACGAGGGAGUUUGAGUUCUUAUGUAAAAGCAAAUGAUUUCAAUGUGUCACAAUUAACGAAAAUGUGUCGUGAUAUUGCAAAAGGAAUGGCUUAUUUAGAAAGUAAUCAUGUUAUCCAUCGAGAUUUAGCAGCUCGAAAUUGUCUAGUUGACAAAGAUGGGCGAGUUAAAGUUGGUGACUUUGGUCUUUCGCGGUGUCUUUACGAUGAUGAAGUAUAUUUUAAUCAAAUUACAGAGUUUCCAGUACGAUGGUGGGCAAGUGAAGUUUUACAGAGAAAGCCAUAUACAACGAAAUCAGAUGUCUGGUCCUAUGGUAUAACUAUAUGGGAAGUAUUUUCUAAAGCAGAAGUACCUUAUAACGAUAUAUCAGCGAAUCAUUUAGUAAUGGAUGCUGUCAAAGCAGGCAAGCGACUUGAAAAGCCGGGAAAAUGCCCAACGAAUAUUUAUGAAAUCAUGUAUAAAUGUUGGUUAGAAAAUCCAAAAGAGCGAUACGAUUUUGCAACUAUUGUUGAACUGUUAAAAAAAGAAAAAACUAUUUUAUCUAAACUUCCGUUUUUUGGUUCUUCAAAAUAA